GCCGGCAGCAACAGGCAUUGCAAGAUUCCCCGUUCAGCUGCUCGCUGCACAGAACCUGAGAAGCAACCUGGCGCAGAUUGUCAGCCCCUGCCGGCCGUGCUUUGAUGCAGGACCGAAUAUGAGGGGCGAAUAUAAUCAGAACAGCACCCAGCGGGAGUCCAGUCCAGCGAAUGGAACUCUCCCCGUCGGGGACAAGCCAGUGGCGGCUAAAAUAGCCGUGCUCAGCUUCGUCUUUGUCCUGGCCACUUUGGGCAAUUGCAUCUUCCUCUGCACUCUGUGGCGAAAGCAUAGGAAGAGCAGCCGCACCCGCCUCUUCCUCUUCCACUUGUGCACCGCCGACUUGGUGGUCGCCUUCUUCCAGGUGCUGCCCCAGCUCCUGUGGGAGGUCACCGACCAGUUCAAGGCCCCCAACGUGGUUUGCAAAGCCGUCAAGUACCUGCAGAUCGUCGGCAUGUUUGCUUCUACCUACCUGUUGGUGGCCAUGACCCUGGAUCGCCACCAAGCUGUUUGCAAGCCCAUGGCUGCCAUCACCAAGGCCUCUUGGCAGAGGUACCUGACCGUGGCCCUGGCCUGGGGCUUCUCUUUGCUCUUCAGCCUCCCUCAGGUCUUCAUCUUCUCCAUUGAAGAGGUGCAGCCGCGGGUGUUCCAGUGCUGGGCGACCUUUGUCCAACCUUGGGGCCGGAAGUCCUACAUCACCUGGACAGCUUUGGUCAUCUUUGUGAUCCCAGCAGUCAUCCUGAUCAUAUGCCAAUUCAAAAUAUGUCGAACCAUUUACCUAACCGGGCAAACAAACAGGCUCGAAAGGAUCGUGUUGAAAGAAGCCAAUGUGAAGGGGGCACAAGCGGGCACUGCCAAGCGGAUACCCAGCUCCUUACUGAAAACACUGAAGAUGACCUUUUUAGUAGUGAUGUUGUACAUUCUGUGUUGGGCGCCAUUCUUCAUUGUCCAGCUCUGGUCUGUUUGGGACCCAACUGGAGGACCUGUUGAGGGUACACCAUUUAUCAUCAUAAUGCUCCUUGCAAGCCUCAACAGUUGCACAAACCCAUGGAUCUACAUGGCCUUCUAUCGGUAGGUUUGGUGAGACUUUACUGCACCCCAUUCUGAAAACCUGUAUCUGUGAGAAACAUCAGAGACUAAGGCCUACCUUGUAUGAUCAGCAAUGAAGGAAUGGAACUUGCAAUUCAGUCCGAGUACACUUGCUUAUGUGACUGUCACUCAGCACCUGCGAUCGAUUUGUGUAGACAGCUGAAACAGUGUUGCACCCUCAACUGGAAAUCUGGAACUAAGUGAAGAACACAAGCAACUGUGUGUCGUCUUAAUCAUCAGACUGAGGAAUCUUACUGAGAGACUCAACCUACAAAAUUCAGUCCUGUAUUACCAUUGGUAUCAGUGUUACGGUAACCCAGCAUUCCAACACUGGUCAGCAACAUGCUUCUGUUCGAGUUGGGUUUAAUAUUGCUCAGGAUGUCUUACUGAGUUGGCAUCACAGCUGCUACUUCGGACCUUUCAGAUUCUGUGAAUGCUGUCUCUUAUAUUCAUAGCCAAACAUAUGUUCAGCUGGGGUUGGAGUUUAACAUUGACCAGAAAAAAAAACAAAUGACUGAACUAGCCACAUAAAUGCUACAAAAGUAGGUUAGAGACUGGGAAUUCUGUAGCAAGUAACUCACUUUCUGAUGUCUCAAAGCCUGUUCACCAUCUAUAAGGCACAAGGCAUGCUUUCUACUUGUCUGGAUGCAGCCCCAACAACAUUCUCAAGAGAUUUUGCAUUAUCCAGGGGAAAGCUUCCUGAUUGAUUGCUCCCCCCCCCCCCCAUCCCAGCCAUCCACCAACUUCAACGUUCACUCCCUUUAGCAGAAAUCCACAGUAGCAGAAGAGAUACCAUCUACAAGAGGCACGCGGCAACUCACCAAUCUUCAGCCUCUUCCAAACCUGUGGUCUCAAUCUUGACCAGAAAUGACAGAAUGGCAAACAAAUGAGGACAUCACCACCCCUUAGCUUCCUUCCAAGCCCCACACCAUCCUGACUUAGAAAUAUAUCACUGUUGCUUCAUUGGGUCAACUUCUACAAACUCCCCUCCCCCCCCAUAACACCACAGCAAUGGUUCAAAAUAUAGCUCGCCACCACCUUCUCAUGGGCAAUUAGGAAAGGGCAACAGGUAUCUCCUUAGUGUCGCCUACAUUCCCCGAACAAGUGGAAACUGAGCAGACAGUAGAGUUUACAUGCUGUCUUUACCAUCUCAACAUAUCGCAAAUCCUGUAGUCAUUAAUAAGUCCAGUUGGCUGUGAUUGGUUU